GUCAGUGACGUCACGGCGUCGCUUCCUUGUUUUGCCAACUUCCUGUCGGAGCAGCCGCUGCUAGCUCUGCUAACUGGCCCUUCCGCGACUAAAGGCAGCCGGUGAGAGUUAGCGACAACAACAACAACAAAAACGACGCUGUCACGCGGGGGGGCGAAACAAUGAUGGCGUCCAGCUACAACGCCAAAGACGAGGACGGACACAUCACCGUGACCGGGCCCGGUGGCGGCGCGGGGCUGCGGAGCAAGAAGCCCGAGAACACCGCGUUCAAGCAGCAGCGGCUCCCCGCCUGGCAGCCCAUCCUCACCGCGGGCACCGUGCUGCCCGCCUUCUUCAUCAUCGGCCUCCUCUUCAUCCCCAUCGGCAUCGGCCUGUUCGUGACGUCAAACAACAUUAAGGAGUUUACGAUCGAUUACACGGGGGCCGACAACUCGAGUCCCUGCUUCAACUGCUCCCAGAACUUCAGCUGGAACAGCACGAUGCCGUGCACGUGCACCGUGCCCUUCUACCUGGACCAGCCCUACGAGAGCAACGUCUACGUGUACUACGGCCUCUCCAACUUCUACCAGAAUCACCGCCGCUACGUCAAGUCCAGAGACGACAGCCAGCUGAACGGAAACCUCAAAUCUUUGCUGGAGCCCAGUAAGGAGUGCGAGCCGUACGCCUACCAUAACAACGUGCCCAUAGCGCCGUGCGGCGCCAUCGCCAACAGCAUGUUCAACGACACGCUGGCGCUGUUCUACAACCACCCCAACGGCACCAACGUCCCGAUCCUCCUCGGCACCACCGGCAUCGCCUGGUGGACCGACAAGCACGUCAAGUUCGGGAACCCCGGCGGCGCCGACUCGAACCUCACGGCCGUCUUUCAAGGGACCACGAAGCCGCUGAACUGGCGCCGGCCCGUCUACGAGCUGGACUCGGAUCAGAGCAACAGCGGCUUCGUCAACGAGGACUUCAUCGUGUGGAUGAGGACCGCCGCCCUGCCCACCUUCCGCAAGCUCUACCGCAUCAUCGCCAAGAGCAGCCAGAUGGUGCCCACGCUGCCGCCAGGGAACUACACCCUGGAGGUGGUCUACAAUUACCCCGUCCACAGCUUCGAGGGCCGUAAGCGGAUAAUCCUGAGCACCAUCUCCUGGAUGGGGGGCAAGAACCCGUUCCUGGGCAUCGCCUACAUCACCGUGGGCUCCGUCUGCUUCUUCCUGGGCGUCGUGCUGCUCGUCAUCCACCACAAGUGUGGCAACCGCAACAACGGCGCCGACAUCUCCAACUGAGGGCCCGGCAGCGCCUCGUUAUCCCCAAUAAUAAUAAUAAUAAUAAUAAGCUGUGUGAGAUAACUGCAGCACCCGAGGACACGUUUACGUCCUACAGUUACACUCAUUACUGCUCUGAGCCCUUUGCUUCCUGCACUGAUCCAUACCUAAACUAAAAUGUUAAUAUUACAAUUAUCAGCAAACAGCUGUAUGCUACUGAACCUCUGCAGAUGUGGUAAGGUCGUUAUUGUUGUUCUUUCGACUGCGCCACAGAAAAAUGAUGCAUAAAAGUAUUUGAUGUUACGUCCUGCAGCAGUUGUCUCACAACAACCCUGUAAUAUAUAUAUACAUAAUGUGUAUAUGUGUCAUUCUGACAGCCUCUUAUGGGGGUCAACGUGAGUGGGAGCGUUGCAUGCUGGGAAGCCAUGGCGUAAAUGUGACUCUUGAGCUCGUCUUUGUGUCUCGUGUCAUCGGCCCGCCUUCAAAGUAAAAGCACGCCUCCGCUGAGUGAGAAGCUUCAUUGUUGUUGAUGUGAGUAAAUGUUUGGUGUCUUGUGGGAGUCUGAGAUGCACGUUGUCGUGGCUUUAGUUGUUCAAAUGCAAAACGAACAUCCACACGGCAUCACGUGUCUCAUACAUGGGAUUCAAUGUCCUGCUGUGAUGAAGAGGAGGCUGUGUCUUUUCAAUGUGCACAGUGAAAAUGCUUGUUUUAUUUUUUUUUGUACAUUUCAUCCAGAUAAGUUGUCUGCAAUCCAGUGGACCAGAUUUCUUUUUAUACUCCAUCUGUGUUGUUGCUUUGAAUGAAUAAAUGGUUCAUUUAAAUUUGAAA